AUUUUUUAGACGUGUGUCACGGUCGUCUGUCUCCUUUGUGUGGACAUGGUUUCGAUGCCCGGUGACAGCGGCCGGGCCGUCGGGAAUUGAACCUGUGUGUCUUUGUGCGUUUGACCGCUGUCAGUGUCCUACAGCUAGCCGCUAGCCUGCUAGCCGCUAAUGCUAUCGAGCUAACGUUAGCACGUCUGUCUGACAGGGGGGGAAACGUUAGCAUCGAGAGCUAACCCAGGCAGUGAGGAUGUCUUUGAAUGAAGAGGGUUAUGUGGUUCGGAUCAGAGGACUGCCCUGGUCCUGCACACAGGAGGAGGUCGCCAGUUUCUUCUCUGACUGUGACAUCAUUGGCAAAGUAAACGGAGUGUGUUUCACUUACUCUAAAGAAGGCCGACCCAGCGGAGAGGCAUUUAUUGAGCUGAAAACGUCAGAGGAUUUCAGGAACGCUCUUGCCAAGGACCGUAAAUACAUGGGACACCGAUACAUAGAGGUGUUCAAGUCAAACCGUAGUGAGAUGGACUGGGUGCUGAAACGUAGCGGUCCUGCUGACUAUGACAGCUGCAGUGGCUGCAUGCUGAGACUUAGAGGCCUUCCUUUUGGCUGCAGCAAGGAGGAGAUUGUUCAGUUCUUCUCAGGGUUGAGAAUCGUGCCAAAUGGGAUUACUCUGCCAGUGGACUACCAGGGGAGGAGCACAGGGGAAGCCUUCGUGCAGUUUGCUUCAAAGGAGAUAGCAGAAAAGGCUCUGGGGAAACACAAGGAAAGAAUAGGGCACAGGUAUAUAGAGAUUUUUAAGAGCAGUCGUAAUGAGAUCAGGGCCUACUAUGAGUUGCCCCGGCGGGGGAUGGGAGGCCAGAGACCAGGGCCCUACGAUAGACCCGUGAUGGGGGGUCCCAGAGGAGGGUUCUUUGGGCCCACACCUGGGCGCGGUGGAUCUCUGAUGGACACCAUGAGGAGUGGAGGGGGAUAUGGCGGAGGUUACGGUGGUUUUGACAGCUACAAUGGUUUCAACAACUACUGCUUUGGCAACGGCAUGUUUGAUGAGCGAGUGAGAGGAGAGAGGGGAGGAAGAGGGCUGGGAGGCCAUGGUUACAGCAGUCAGAGCGAUGGUUGUUCAGGCUUCCACAGUGGCCAUUUUGUCCAUAUGAGGGGUUUACCUUUCCGUGCCACAGAGGGAGACAUCGCAAAAUUCUUCUCUCCUUUGAAUCCAAUGAGGGUCCACAUCGACGUGGCUCCUAACGGCAAGUCGACUGGAGAAGCAGAUGUGGAGUUCCGCUCCCAUGAAGACGCUGUGGCAGCCAUGUCCAAAGACAAGAACCACAUGCAGCAUCGCUAUAUUGAGCUGUUUCUUAAUUCAACAGCCAGUGGAGCAGCUGAAAUGAGUCGCGGCAGCGGCGGCGGCGGCGGUGGUGGUGGUGGUUACUAUGGUAAUUCAGGAGGGGGAGGAGGCUCACGGAGCAGCGGGCUGCGUGGUGCAUACUGAUGAUGUCGUCAUCCCACUCUUCCAAUCCAUCCUGACGUUUGUCUUGCGUCUCUGUCGGCCACAUUUACGCGAUGACAGUUUCUAAGCAGGAGAGCUGAUCUGAAGUCUGUCAACUGUUGUGUAACUUUAAACGUUUUAUCUAAACCUCACUUCACUUCACUAGAACAGACCAGAUAAGACAAACAUUACGAUUACACCAUUCCUAAAAGCCUAUGAAGAACAAUACGGAUAAUUUUGGAGAUUUCUUUUAUAUUCUUAAAACAAUAAUUUGUACACAAAGUACAUUUUCUGUGGUGUUCGGAUUACGAGAAAUUAAACACCAGUUUGUUUUUUCAGAGUUUUAAAGGGCCUUGAAAGGGCAGUAAGUGAUUGUGUUGAAGUUUUUACUUUAUUGGGAUGCACUUUAACUCGUCUCGCAGAUGUAAGUCAGUGCAGAUGCAGCAUGGAGACAGAACGUCAUAGGAUACAGAUAAACAGCUCUGGGACUUAAUAUAUGAAGAAAAAUUAAUUUUGAUUUGGCACUGCUCUGAUCUGAGCUUUGAAUCUGAAUUUGACUUGGAUGACAUGACAGCAGGAGGAAUAGUGAAGCAACAAAACAUUACGUUGUUCAGUCUUUUCUAAAAUCCUUUAAAGUAUUUGUUUAUUGUUGUUUUGACUAUCGUGAUUUCACAUGAGCUUUCCUGCUUUGAAGUGUUUGAUUAAUGUGAGCCAGUGUGUUUUUUAUGAAUGUUUUCACAGUUCAGUGCAGAAUUUAAAAGAAGUUGAAUAUUAUAUUCCACUCUCAAAGAAUGGAAGUAAAAUAAAGUCUCUAUAUUUGAGCUGUAAGAUAGCUUAUGCAGCUGUUGUACAUUUUGCCUAAUAAAUUUUAUAUUUAAUUCUC